AUCAUUGGUUGGAAUAUCGCGCAUUGAAUUGAAGUGUUGAAUGAAGUGUUCAAUGACGAUAUAAGGACACUGGUACUAUACAUUUCAAGAUAAAUAAAAAUGACAAACACCGAUACCAAUUAUCUCGACAGUCUAUGCUAAAAUUAAAAAAAAUUUAAUCAUUCAAUUUGAAUGAUAAUUUAGUCAAAUCAAGCAAAUAAUUCACGAUUUUGUAUGAACAAAAAUAAAAACAUAUGUAUUGUAUUAUGAAAAAUGUAUUUAUUUUAACAAUCUAAAAAAACAAUCAAAACUUCCAUACGACUCCUUAUUUCAAUAAUGUAAUUAAUGAAAUAAUUUUUAUCAGCAUGAUGCAAUGUUCAAGCUAAGUUCUAAGUAUUAACACCAGUAUAUAGUAUUCAUCAUAGUUAACUAUUUCAAUAUCCACAACUAACUAUUAAUGGUUACUUGCUUUUUCUUAGAGAGUUUAAUGUAACACACUCAUGCCUAGCUAUGCCCUAAGCAUUUGUUUUGUUUCUAGCUUUCAAUUCCUAAUUAUUCACUUCUUCAUACCAACUUAUGAGAAUGCUAUAUAUAUUUUUCAUGUCUAAUCUAUUAAACAUAAAUGUUGCUUUUCACUUAAAUUCAAUGGUAUCCAUGUUAGGUUUGAUAUCACCAACAUAUUCUCCCAAUUUCUCCUAAAAGCAUAAUAUAUUGCGCUUGAUAUCAUAGUUUCGUUAGGUAAAGUUCAACAAACUCAAUCAAUAUUCGAACUCUUCGAAAUAGCUAUCUACAUGCGAAUAUGAAGUACUGAGUAGCUAAAAAUCUACUUGAGUUAGUACAAUCUUUUGCGCUAUCGAUUCAAAAUUCAAUACAUGAUUAUCUUAGUACAAUUUAGUCAUACUAAUUGUGCAGUAGGGGACAUCUUAUCAAAAUCUUAAAGAAAGACUCUUUGAUUGAUCGCUUUAUUGAUUUAAUCAAUUAUACCAAAAUAGAAGUGAUCAAAUUUAUAAGAUGCACUCAAAGUUUGCUAUAAUUAUUGAGGUUCAGCAGCACGUUAGGCGUACGACGGUCAUUAGGCAUUUGUCUAUCUCCUAACUCGCCUAGACAUGCUUAGACAUUAUAAUAAAAAUAGCAAUUUUAAUAAUAAUGAAUAAAAUAACGGUUCUGAAGCAAUUUCAUACUUUAGUUCAAAUGAUUUAACAACAAAUGAAAUAACUCUCAAGUUUAUAAAUUAUUUUCUUUUACCAAAUGAUAUAAUUAAUUCAUUCAUGAGCUGAAAUAGCUAAUUAUAAGCACUUCCAAUUUAAGUUAAAACUCUAUAUGAUGCAAUUGUUUAACGAAAUGGGUUUUAUAAUAGAGUGGUUCUAUCGAGAGCGGUCUCUAAGAAACAUGGCUUACUUUAUUAUUCCUUAGGUGGAUAUAAUAUCUAUCUUCAUCGUUACUUUUACAUUGGAUUCAAUUUAGUAUACUUUUUCAUUUAGAUAGUUUUUUUAUGAUGUUCUGGGAUAUGAUAUAUCAUUAUAUAUGAUGGUGUAGGAUAUUAAUUCCUCUCAUUUUAGGUUCAAAUUGAUGCAUUUUCCCCUUAAUCGUUCCCUUUUAUUGGUUAAUAAUUUUUAUAAUAUUUUUCAAUUUGAAAUAUCGUGAGUGGAAUCUAUACACAACAAUUUGUGGUGUUUCGCUUCCUCUUCUCUUGGUUAGAUAUUGUUUCCAUAUUGAUUCCUAUAUUGAUUAUCGAAUUACUACCUUUUUGUUCUUUUUUCUUAUGCAAGAUAUGAUUUUAUGUUUGAUAAUAUAGAUUUAUUUUGCAAGCAUGUGGAUGCUUGAGAGUAGGUUAUCAACCCGCGGGUUGACACCUGGGUCGACCCACUUUGACUCUGACCCGGUGAGAAAAACGAGCUGCACGCACCUACCGAGUCGACCGCUACAAGGUACCGGGUUAGAGGUCAAAUUGUGUCAUUUUUUUAUUUGGUUUGCGAAAUGCGCCUAUUUUCCGAUUUUCUUUUCGCCUAACUCAAUCUUUGGAAUCCUAAGUUGAACAUUUGAAUAUUGUUGUUAUAUAAUUGUGUGUGAAUUUUCACUAUAUGCUGGAUCUAAGUACGAAAUGUUAUUUUAGUGUAAUAUUAUAUGUUAUAACUCAUAUGUUAGAUGAGAUUUGAUAUAAUUUAUCAGGAUAAGUAUAAUAUAAUAACUCUUUCCAUAUUUUCGGGCUAAACCGGGUGACCCAUUAACCCUUGACACACUAGCUUCACCGGGUCCGGGUCAACCCGCGGGUUGACAACCUUGCUUGAGACUUUUUAUUUGCCUCAUAACUUACAUUUUACAAUGGCUCCAAACUUGGAUAGGUUUCUAUUCAGCACAUAAAUUUUUAAUGAUGUAAAAUUUAUGAAACUAAGAUGCAUAUUAAUAAACAAUGUAAGGUCUCAUCUUCCCUCUUAAGCACUACAUAUCAUUAUUUACUUACCAUUAAAUCAAGUGAAUGGCUAUUUGCCGCCAACUAAAAAAAAUUUCCGACGGCGUGUUCGUCGGCCGGCCGAAAAAAAUUUGCGGCCGGAGUGACGUCGGGCCAAAAGAAUUUUUCGGCCGGGCGUCGCACCGGCCGCAAAUGUAAUGUUUUUCGGCCUGGCGGCGCAUAGGCCGCAAAAGUUUUUCGGCCCGACAUCGCUCCGGACGCAAAUUUUUUUCGGCCGGCCGCAAACUGUUUUUGGCCCGGCGGCGCACCGGCCGCAAAAAUCUUUCGGCCCGGCCAGUUUUUGUAUUUAAUUUAAUAUGAUAAUUAAUUAGUCAAUAAAAAAUUACUUAAUUAGUUAAUAGAAAUUAGCAAUUAGUGUUAAUAUUUAUUUAAGUUGGUGUAUAAAUUUUUUUUUUUUGUAAUAGGCGUAUGAAUGUUUAAUUACUUAGAUUAGUUAAUAGAAUUUUAAUUAAUUAAGAAUUGAUUUAACAAUUAAUGUUAAUAUUCAGUACAUUAGUUAAUAGAAAAUUAAUUAAUUUGUGAUUAUUUAACAAUUAAUGUUAAUAGUACAUUAGUUAAUAGAAAUUUAAUUAAUUAGUGCGCAUCUAAGUAUGAUAUUGUGUAAAUUUGUAGAUAAUUAGAUAUGGAUGAUGCGGGUGAUGCGGGUGGGAGUGAGUUGUAUAGAUUCAAUGGUAGGGUUGUUGAUGCAUCAGCACGAAGGAAGAAUAAGGAGAAGAAGCGCUCUCGAGAUAUUGGACAUCAGUCACAGGAAAAUGUAGGGGAGGAUGAGUUAGAGGCUCCUACUGUAGUUGCUCGUUCGGCAUCACGGGCGUCUGGUUCUCAUGGGAGGAACCCAGGUGCUGCAUCGAGAGUGGUCUCGACUGAGUUUGAUGAGGACGAUAAUGAUGAGGAUAUCGAGGUCCCUCCACCUACGCGUGGACAUGGACGAGGGCCGUCUUGUACGGCAACAUCACGUCCUGCUAUGUAUAGGGACCGAGCUGGGCGAUUCGUACCACCUGCUCGUGAGGAGAAAGAGAGCUCGGGGACUGGACGGAGUAGGGGAGGACGUUCGAGUGGUCCUCCACCGUGGGAGCUUGUUGGUGAGUGUCCUGGUGGACCUACGGAUCCUAGCCUCAUUAGGAGCUUUCGCGGCCACGCUGCCUAUGCGCUUUGGACGGGGGUUGGAGAUCGAGGGGUCAUCAGUUGCUACAGCCGUACAUCGUCGGUUGCUUAUCUGAGUAGCUACGUGUUUAGUCAUGUUGAGGCGGAGGUUCUGGUUCAGCAGUCAGGUCUCCAGCACCUGAUCUACUCUAUGUUCCGCAAGAUAGCGAUUGACGAGGCUUUGAUCUCAGCUUUUGUGGAGAGGUGGCAGCCAGACACGAACACCUUCCACUUGCCUUUUGGAGAGAUGACGAUCCUUGACUCGACUCUACUGUCACCCUAGGAAUUGGCCAAGUGUAACCACUUCCUAAAGCGUAGUAUAGCGGGUUUGGGUUUAAUUAUCAACCCGGGUCCUAGAUAUGAUGACUACUCAGUGAAUUCGUGUUAUCUAGCAAUGAAACUGGAAUGCAAGUCUAAACUACCAAACAAACAAAGCAAAGCAGGUAAACGGUUGUAUUCAAGUUAAGAGAGGUCACCCGGAUAUGGUUCCCCCUAGACUGCAGUUAAGCCGGAUUGUAAUUACCAAGUUCAGUUUCUAUGCCAGUUAUACUGCGGAAGGUUCUUAAACAGCCUGAAGUCUCGACUAAAGGUCUUCAGACCCUCUCAAUCUGACUCUCUAGCGGGCGACUAACCUCCACCGGAGUCGACAGAUUGAGGCCCUAAGAACAAAACCUCCACUACCGGAGUAAAUCCGGUACAGAAUAGUGAGUUGGCUCCUCGACUAAAGUCACCAACUCCCUACCUUCAAUCAAGGAUACUCUAUUAA